GCUCUGAGCUCGAUAGCUAACUCCCAUGGCGAUAAUCAGCCACGUGAGUGUGUGUGUAAUGGGUGGGGAGUCGGAGGGAUGGGGAGGCAGUAAAGCGUUCUGUCAUUCUGGCAGCACGAAGUACAUGCGCUAGUGUGGCUGUUGGCGAGCGCUAUGGUCUUCGUCCUUGAUAUAAACACACAUUUCCUGCUUACACUCGCAGCUCACUAGGAUCUGGCAGGGGACAAUGGAAUACAGGUUCUAUGUUUAGGAAACCACUUGCCAGAUAGAGCUUUUGUAAACGAGAAGAAGUAGAAUAUUUUUUGUAUCGCGUCGACAUUAUGUGACAGUGUAAAAAGUGAAUGCAGUGCUUCAAGAACACACCCAACAUAACCUAACCUAACCUGAACCACAUCUGCAGGCAGUCCGAAAGGAACAGGACUACAUAACCUGAAGCCACUCAAGUACACGUAUCAUUAUGGACAGUAACAAGAAAUCGGUGUCUUCCGCUGACUCUCCUACAUGGAAAUCAAAAAUAAACUACAAGCUGCUUCCAGUUAAGGCACAUUACUUCUUGUUCAUGGCAUCUCUGGGCCCAAUACUGCCUUUUCUAAAUGUGUUUGGAAAGCAGCUGGGAGUGUCUGAGGUGGUGAUGGGAAGUAUUACAGCAAUUCUGCCAAUCUUGUUCCUACUUGCCAAGCCACUGUUUGGCCUAAUCGUGGAUUACUUCCAAGAACAACGUAAGACCGUGUUCAUGGGAUUGCUGUGUACAAUGAGCCUGUGCUAUGUGCUCCUGUACUUCAUACCACAGCCUGAUGGACCAUUCAUCACAGACAAAUCAACCUACCACUUGUCUGGCAUUCAGUGCGACCAACUGGAUAUUUGUCAGAGUUGGGAACUGUCCGAGGCUGCUGGAUGUGGACAUUACAAGCGAGUAAUAUGCAACUGGACUUGUGGGACAUCUGACAACAAAACGCUUCUGGAUGUCCUGUUGACGACAUCUUCAGUCACCAAUAUUACGAAUGCCACCGUGAUUCCCUGUGCGGUGGGAAACGCCAGCUCUUUUACCUGCAACCCUAGCGACAACCAUAGUCAGUGCGAACUCUCUUGUGUACUGCACGAGACAGAGAGGGAGAAAGAUUGUCUGUAUGGUACACCAGCAUUCGCGGGUUUCGUUCUUCUAAUGUCCCUUGGGACUAUCGGGUUUAAUGUGGCAAACAGCAUCAGUGAUGCCAUCUGCUUUGAUGUUUUAGGCAGCGGAGGAGAGAUGAAGUAUGGGCGCCAGCGUGUUUGGGGCACCAUUGGGUUUGGUAUAACAGCAUUAGUUGCAGGUUUCGCUAUAGACUGGUGGUCUGCCGGGAGUCCCACGAAAGACUACACCCCCGCAUUUAUUGUAGUGUUGGUAUUUGCUGUCAUGGACAUAGUGUGUUGUUCUCAUGUCAAGCUGCCACCCAUUCCCCGCUCUGACAAUAUUUUGCGAGAUGUCGGACAACUCCUGAAGCACAAACAUAUUAUCGUAUUCCUCGUAUUUGCGACACUAGCAGGAGUAAUGGAUAGUUUCAUUAUCUAUUUUCUAUUCUGGUACUUGGAAGAUCUGGCACAAGUCACAGGUGACAUGGAAAACAUAAAACUGCUGGAAGGGAUUACAGUUGCUGUGGAAACUCUCGUUGGAGAAGUUAUAUUCUUUAUGUUGUCAGGUAAAAUUCUGAAGAAACUAGGAUAUGGGCACUCUCUUACAUUCUGCUUCAUGGCAUACUCCCUACGCUUGGGUCUCAUUUCUCUGAUUCAAUCUCCUUGGUGGGUAUUGCCUGUAGAGCUGUUUAUGCAGGGACCGACAUACGCCAUGUGCUACACCACCAUAGUUGCAUACGCGAGUGCCGUAGCACCCCCAGGAACAUCUGCCACAAUGCAGGGUCUCGUUGCAGGCAUGGACGAUGGCUUUGGGUAUGCCAUGGGAAGUUUGAUUGGUGGAGUGCUAUACCAUGAAGUGGGAGGCAGAAUGGCGCUCGUAAUCUUCUGCGCCAUGUCCUUGUUGUGUAGCGUGACACAUUUUGUGCUCUAUGAAUGCGUUCUCAAACACACAAUGCUGCCUGCAGGAUGUAGCCCUGAAGCUGAAUACAAGCCUCCACACGACGCAAUUCAGGCAACUGAAGAGGCUACAGGUUCGAACAAUUCGUGACAAGAAAAGUUAUAGUACAAAAUCUAUGAUAACGAGACCAACGCUCAAGUAUUGAGAAGUCCAGACAUUAGCAUUCAGUGAGACGAAUAUACAGCUGAACAUUAAUAUUCUGAAUAAAAUAUCAAAUGUCUGUCAAUAAUAUACAUAUAUUUAGUUUCCUCAAAGCUUAGACCGUAAUGUUUAAAGCUUAUAUAACAAUUUAAAGACAUCUAUUGGAGAAAGAGAAGUAUUUCAAAGACUGGCUCCGCAGAUAGUCAAUAUUCUUACUAGCAGAUGAUUAUGAUACUGACAUAUCUGAUAGCUGAAAUAUGUGAAGUGAGAAUGUUGAUGGUUCUAUAAUAAGAUUGAGAAGCUGAGGUAGAAACUUUUGUUGAUACGACUAGUCAGAACGGAGAAUGAUUUAACAAUACGCAUAUAAUUAUUCUGUUACUUUAUCCAUUGCUUAGGUGUUUUUUAAUUUAAGCAGUGUUUCAGAAGCUAUGAGAUGGCACAACGCUACUAUGCCAGGUCCAUUGGUAAAGCCAAUCUCAGCUUCAGACCAAGUUAAGGGGCCCAAAAAAGUAGGGUUUUGUCCUAUCAUUGGUCACCCAAUGAUUGAAGGGGAAUGAACUUCCAAAACAAGGUUUUUAAAGUUGUUAUUAGAGGUCCCGCUAUUGAUAAUUUAGUUAUAUGGCGUUUAAAGAGGCAGAGAACAUUUUUUGAUAAAGGAACAUGUAAAUGCUAUUAAAUGAUACUUGUACUUUCCUA